AUGGGUACUACAAGGACAACAUCCUCCAGGCAACAGAACACUACUACGUCAUCGCCCGCAGACCAUACUCGAACUCCACAAACUGGCCGUACAUCUACGUCAAAUCGAAAGCGAACGGUCGAUGAGAAAACCAGCGUCAUAUCCACAUCUGCGAAGCGUACUCGUAGAAAUGAAGGCGAUUAUACAGCGGUCCCUACGGACCCCAGGAAUGUGAUCGAUUUGACUGGCGACUCGCCUGUUGCCAGUCCACAAAAGAAGAGCCGAAGCGCAAAGCAAUCAUCAGGCGAGGGAAUACCUGAACGUCGAGCUCGAGUAUUUCGCCGUAAAGCACCGCAAACGUUCUUACAGCGAUUGAACCGUGCAACAACUCAGAGAAUGUUCGUCCUAGGACAUACUGUCACCGGCGCUGAUGAUGUUCCCGAGAUGAGUUUUGACAUUGCUGGGACAACUGGAAACAUCUACAAGAUAGUGAUUGGGAAGGAGCCGACCUGCACCUGUCCGGAUGCUCGAAAAGGGAACCAAUGCAAGCAUAUAUGUUACGGUAACUCCGCAACACCUACAGUAUCAGCUGGCAUUCUUAUCUAUGGUAAGUUAUUGAGCGUACAUCAUCGUACACUUUCUAACCUAAUACUGCUUACUCAGGAGCUUCGUGAGAUCUAUGAAGGAUCUUCUCUGAGUCGUGAGCAGACCAAGAUUGACGAUGACAACGGCGGCAAGAGGAAGGCCGUUGAAGGAGACUGUCCAAUCUGCUUCAUGGAGUUUGAACCUGACCGAGAGGAGAUCGUCUGGUGUCGAGCGGCGUGCGGAAAUAAUAUUCACAAAACAUGCUUCCAACAAUGGGCUGUCACACAGCAUUCUCAAGGUGUCCGCUGCGUUUAUUGCCGUUCCCCGUGGCAGGCAGAUACCAGCGACGUGAACUUGGAGCAACUCAGAGUUCAGGGACAAACGACUGCAGAAGGAUACAUUAAUGUGGCUAGUCAGCUCGGCCUUUCAGGUCAACGCGGUACGAGACCGUCUCUGUAG